AUGGCUCAGAUGUGGGAUGUUUCGUCGGGAAAUAUCACAGCUCAAAUGAUUGGACAUGCGGGCCCGGUUGAGUGUUGUGCUGUUGCGCCUCGGGCGAGUCAUGCUUAUAUGGCUGUUUUGGGGGCGACGAAGUUGUCUGGACGGGAUGUUUUCGUGGCUACUGGGUCCAGGGACAAGAAUAUUAAGUUGUGGAAUGAGAGAGGGAGGUUGAUCAAGACGCUUGAAGGUCAUGAUACAUGGGUGACUGGGCUUGGGUUCCAUCCUCAGGGUAAGUUUUUGAUAAGCGUUGGUGAUGAUCGAACUAUACGAUGUUGGGAUUUGUCCAAUGAGGGCCGUUUGGUGAAGACUAUGGUUGGUUCAUCCAGAUUCUUGACGUCUGUUCGAUGGGGUCCAAGUAUACGUUCCGCACAAGGGACUUCGCAUGUCAUUGCUAUGGGAAGUAUAGACACGAGUAUUCGAAUAUGGAUGUAG